CUUUAUAACAAACCAUGCAAAUUCCCAAGGGACUCGAGCCAAUGUACCCGUCGACAGCCGACGCGCUUCAGGCAGAGCGCAGCCGGGCCAAGUUUGACGUAUCUGAGAUGCACAAGUUCAUCGUCGAUGCGGGUACCCGCUCACGCACGGCCAAGGUGCUCAAGGUGCUGGAGGCGGAGCCAGAGACAUUCAACCUGCGCGACAUCUACUUCUACAGCCGCACGGAGCGCAUGGAGCACGCGCUGAAGAUGGGCAAGCGCCUGAUCGAGCUGAUGCAGGAGGGCAAGCUGACCAACGACGAGGUGUCGUGGGCAGACACGAUUCUGGACACUAUGGGGCCAUACGCGCUGCACCGGUCGAUGUUCCUGCCGACGCUGGAGAGCCAGGCGAACGAGGAGCAGCGGGAGCUGUUCCUGAAGCCGGCGCUCAAGUACGAGAUCCUGGGCUGCUACGCGCAGACAGAGAUCGGCCACGGGUCGAAUGUGCAGGGGCUGGAGACCACGUGCACGUUUGUGCCCGAGACUGGCGAGUUCGAGGUGCAUUCGCCCAGCAUCCGCGCAAGCAAGUGGUGGAUUGGCUCGCUAGGCGUCACGGCCACGCAUGCGAUGGUGAUGGCGCAGCUGAUUGUCAAUGGCAAGAACUACGGGCCGAACCCGGUCGUGGUGCCGAUCCGGUCGACCGAGACGCACAAGCCGCUGCCGGGCGUCACUGUCGGCGAUCUGGGCCCCAAGUUUGGAUUCAAUGCCAUGGACAACGGGUUCCUGCUGCUGGAUCACGUGCGGGUGCCCCGCAUCAACCUGAUGCAGCGCUACAUCAACGUGUCGCGCGACGGCAAGGUGUCGCGGCCGGCCAACGUCGACCCCAAGGUGGCCUACGGCACCAUGGUGUAUGUGCGCACACAGAUUGUGCGCAACAUGAGCCAGGUGCUGGCCAAGGCCACGACCAUUGCGCUGCGGUACACGUCGCAGCGGCGCCAGUUCUCGGGCAAGUCCGACAACCCGCAGCCCAACGGCCUGGAGUCGCCGGUGCUGGACUACGGCAUGGUGCAGUACCGCCUGAUUCCGCUGCUGGCGCAGAACUUCGCCAUGUUUGCCACGUCGCAGGCAUUUGCGCGGCACUACGAGCAGUGCAUGGACCAGCUCAAUGCGGGCAACUUUGGCCCGCUCAAGGAGCUGCAUGCGACCGCCUGCGGGCUCAAGCGGUGGACCUCGGACGUGGCCAUUCGCGGCAUUGAUACGUGCCGUCACGUGUGCGGCGGCCAUGGCUUCUCGAGCUUCUCGGGCCUCAACGACUUCUACGGCAACUCGUACCCGAACAUCAUCUGGGAGGGCGACAACUACGUGCUGUCGCAGCAGGUCGGCCGGUUCCUGCUGACCCAGGUCCGCGCACUGCGCUCCGGCAAGCCCGUGGCCGACAACCAGACCACGCAGUACCUGCGCCGCCACCUGACCAACGGCCGUCUGGAGACGGUCCCGGGCCCGGCCUUCAUUGGCAAGUCCGUGGCCUCGUUGGCUGCCGACACCGAUGCGCAGCUCGAUCUGCUUAGCUACCGCGCGGCCGCCAUGGCCUCUGAAUUGGUUGACCGGAUGGACGAGCACGGCCAGACGUGGAACCAGUCGCUGGUGGCCAUGCAGCGCCUGUCCGAUGCCCACUCGGACUACAUUGUCGCCAACUACUUCCGCCAGCACCUGGCCACGCUGCCCACCGACUCGCCGAUCCUGCCCGUACUGCGCAAGAUCGCCGCCCUCAACUUCCUCUAUGUGCUUGAGCAAAACCCCGGCGACCUGUUCCGCCUGCCCGGCCGCGCCGCCUUCUCCACCAAGCAGAUUGUGGAGAUCGAGCAGCUGCUGGCCAAGCUCAUCGAGGAGGUGCGCGACCAGGCGAUUCCGCUGGUCGAGUCCUUUGGCGUCUCCGACCUGAAGCUCAAUUCCGCCCUGGGCCGCAGCGACGGCCAGGUCUACGACAACUACCUCAAGUGGGCAAUGGAGGAGCCCAUUAACAGGGAGGGCACUGGCGACAAGAUCCGCGAGGAGUGGUUCCAGAAGUACUACAAGCCGUUCCUGCAGCCCACCAAGUCGCAGGCCAAGCUCUAGAUUAAGAAUCUCAUACUAGCUGUCUAGUGUUUAUCUCUUCUUUUGGCCAUAACCCAAUGUAUUUUCUAUGCAGAGA